AUGCGGCCCCUGUGGCUCUGCUGGGCACUCUGGGUGAUGCCUCUGGCCGGCCCUGGGGCAGCUUUGUCUGGAGAGCAGGUCCUGGACAGCCUGUUGAAGCAGCUGCAGCUGGACCAGCCACCCGUCCUGGACGGGGACGCUGCGGAGGGACUGGCCAUCCCUGCCCACGUGCGGGCCCAGUACGUGGCCCUGCUGCAACACAGCCACGCUGAUCGCUCCCGCGGGAAGAGGUUCAGCCAGAACUUCCGAGAGGUGGCGGGCAGGUUCCUGGUGUCCGAGGCUUCCACGCAUCUGCUGGUGUUCGGCAUGGAGCAGCGGCUGCCCCCCAACAGCGAGCUGGUGCAGGCCGUGCUGCGCCUCUUCCAGGAGCCGCUUCCCAGAGCCGCGCUCCGCAGGCACGAGCGGCCCACCCCGCGCAGCGCCCGCGCCCGGGUCACCAUCGAGUGGCUUCACUUCCGCGACGACGGCUCCAACCGCACCGCCCUCAUCGACUCCAGGCUGGUGUCCAUCCACGAGAGCGGCUGGAAAGCCUUCGACGUGACCGAGGCCGUGAACUUCUGGCAGCAGCUGAGCCGGCCGCGGCAGCCGCUGCUGCUGCAGGUGUCGGUGCAGCGGGAGCACCUGGGCCCCGGGGCCUCGGGCGCGCACAGGCUGGUGCGCUUCGGGGCGCAGGGGGCGCGGGGCGAGCCUCAGCUGGAGCUGCACACGCUGGACCUCAAGGACUAUGGAGCUCAAGGCAACUGUGACCCUGAGGCAGCUGUGACAGAGGGCACCCGCUGCUGCCGGCAGGAGACCUACCUGGACCUGCAGGGGAUGACCUGGGCUGAGAACUGGGUGCUGGAGCCCCCAGGGUUCCUGACCUAUGAGUGUGUGGGCAGCUGCCUACAGCCGCCUGAGGCCCUGACCUUCAAGUGGCCGUUUCUGGGGCCCCGACAGUGCAUUGCGUCAGAGACAGCCUCGCUGCCCAUGAUCGUCAGGAUGAAGGAGGGAGGCAGGACCAGGGCCCAGGUGGUCAGCCUCCCCAACAUGAGGGUGCAGAAGUGCAGCUGUGCCUCGGAUGGGGCACUGGUCCCAAGGGGGCUGGAGCCCUAG